GAUGGAUGUAUGAGUUGAGGGGGGGUGUAAUAAGUGGAUAAAAAAAAAGUCGUUAAAUUGGAUUUAAUGUUUCAUGCGUCGUCGCAGCGUACGCGUGUUUGCAACGCUGCAAAAAAUAAAAUAAAAAAAUAUUAAAAUUUUUGUUAAUAAAUGCGGCUGCGUGGAUUAAGACGACGUGAAUUUGAGAGUGGCGUUAAAAUUAAAUUUAUUCUGCUUAUAUUUCUGCCAUUCGCGGAGUCGUGUACGAGUCCGUUCUGCGUUGGGAGUCUGCCCUCCUUUUUCUCUCCGGGGGGGCGGAGCGGCAGCGUGGGCGCUUGAGCGAAUUGAAAUUGACUGACAGCUCUCUCCGCCAAUCAGAGGCCAAGUAGGAAGUCUCCUCCGAUCGGGCGGCCAAUCGCGGCGCGGUGUGGGCGGGACCCAAAGUCCAAACUUUACGCGGCGCCAUCGGCUGAAAACUAAACCGAGAUGGAAUCUCCCAGUCUGAACCGGUUUCAACCGGUUGUGAGUUAGUUGAGAGAGAGGAGAGGAGGCGAAGGCACACAACCUCUAUACCGCCCCGCUGGAUAUAUAUAUAAAAAUAUAUAAAUAUAAAUAUAUAAAAAAAAUACAUUAAAAGUAACGAAUUAAUUAACUCAAUCAAGGUUUUUUUGCUUUGUCUCGUAAAAUGUAUCGGAGUUACAGAUUGCUGGCGUUGCCGUGGUAGCAGUUUGGGAAUCCACAUCAGUGGUUCUGACCAGCCAGACAUCACUCACUUGCUGGAGCUGGAGAUAGUCAACGCUGCAGAAAAUAGGAAAAAUCUCUCCCAACUAAAGAUACCGAAGUGCUCACUUUACCUUUAUAGCUUCUCUCUGGGCAAACGCCACCUCUUUUCAGUCAGAGCCUCGGACUUUAGAGCUCUAUGCCAGCAAUUAUGACAAUGUUAGCAGACCAUGCAGCACAGCAGCUGCUGGACUUCAACCAGAAACUGGAUAUCAACCUGCUGGAUAAUGUAGUGAACUGUCUAUAUCAUGGGGUGGGACCACAGCAAAGAAUGGCACAGGAAGUGUUAACACACUUAAAAGAGCACCCGGACGCCUGGACGAGAGUGGACACCAUCCUUGAAUUUUCCCAGAACAUGAACACCAAAUACUAUGCUCUUCAGAUUCUGGAAACGGUUAUCAAAACGAGAUGGAAGAUUCUCCCCAGAAAUCAGUGUGAAGGUAUUAAAAAGUAUGUCGUUGGCCUCAUUAUCAAGACUUCAUCAGACGCAUCAAAUGUUGAGAAAGAAAAGGUGUACAUUGGGAAGCUGAACAUGAUUCUUGUUCAGAUCCUGAAGCAGGAGUGGCCCAAGCACUGGCCCACCUUCAUCAGUGACAUUGUGGGCGCGAGUCGCACCAGCGAGAGCCUUUGUCAGAACAACAUGGUCAUUUUGAAGCUGCUCAGCGAGGAGGUGUUUGACUUCUCCAGUGGCCAGAUGACCCAGGUCAAGGCCAAGCACCUUAAAGACAGCAUGUGCAAUGAAUUCUCCCAGAUAUUCCAGCUUUGUCAAUUUGUCAUGGAAAAUUCCCAGAAUGCCCCUCUGGUCCACGCCACCCUCGAGACUCUUCUGCGUUUUCUCAACUGGAUUCCUCUGGGAUACAUCUUUGAAACCAAACUGAUCAGCACUCUGGUUUAUAAGUUCUUGAACGUGCCCAUGUUUCGCAACGUGACGCUGAAGUGCCUGACGGAAAUCGCCGGCGUGAGCGUCAGCCAGUACGAGGAGCAGUUUGUCACCCUCUUCACACUGACCAUGUGUCAGCUCAAACAGAUGUUGCCGCUGAACACGAACAUUCGUCUGGCCUACGCCAACGGGAAAGACGACGAGCAGAACUUCAUCCAGAACCUCAGUCUGUUCCUGUGCACGUUCCUCAAAGAACACGGGCAGCUCAUCGAGAAGCGGCUCAACCUCAGAGAGACGUUAAUGGAGGCCCUCCACUACAUGCUCCUGGUGUCGGAGGUGGAGGAGACGGAGAUCUUCAAAAUCUGUCUGGAGUAUUGGAACCACUUGGCGGCCGAGCUCUACAGAGAAAGUCCGUUCUCCACGUCCACGUCCCCUCUGCUGUCCGGCAACCAGCACUUUGACGUGCCACCGCGCAGACAGCUCUAUCUCCCCGUCCUCUCCAAGGUGCGUCUGCUGAUGGUGAGUCGGAUGGCGAAGCCGGAGGAGGUGCUGGUGGUGGAGAAUGACCAGGGGGAGGUGGUCAGAGAGUUCAUGAAAGACACCGACUCCAUCAACCUCUACAAGAACAUGAGGGAAACCCUCGUGUACCUGACUCAUUUGGAUUACGCAGACACCGAACGCAUCAUGACAGAGAAGCUUCACAACCAGGUGAACGGCACCGAAUGGUCCUGGAAGAACCUGAACACGCUGUGUUGGGCCAUCGGCUCCAUCAGUGGGGCCAUGCACGAAGAGGACGAGAAGAGGUUCCUGGUCACUGUGAUUAAGGACCUGCUGGGUCUGUGUGAGCAGAAACGAGGGAAGGACAACAAGGCCAUCAUCGCCUCCAACAUCAUGUACAUCGUGGGCCAGUAUCCACGCUUCCUCAGAGCCCACUGGAAGUUCCUCAAGACCGUCGUCAACAAGCUGUUUGAGUUCAUGCACGAAACCCACGACGGAGUCCAGGACAUGGCCUGUGACACCUUCAUCAAGAUCGCCCAGAAGUGCCGGCGCCACUUCAUCCAGGUGCAGGUCGGCGAGGUGAUGCCCUUCAUCGACGAGAUUCUCAACAACAUCAACACCAUCAUCUGUGACCUUCAGCCUCAGCAGGUUCACACGUUUUAUGAGGCCGUAGGUUAUAUGAUCGGGGCCCAGACAGACCAGACUGUUCAGGAGCACCUGAUUGAGAAAUACAUGCUGCUGCCCAAUCAAGUGUGGGACAGCAUCAUCCAGCAAGCCACCAAAAACGUGGACAUCCUGAAGGACCCAGAGACGGUGAAGCAGCUGGGCAGCAUCCUGAAGACCAACGUCAGGGCCUGUAAGGCCGUGGGACACCCCUUCGUCAUCCAGCUGGGACGGAUUUACCUUGACAUGCUCAACGUCUACAAGUGCCUCAGCGAGAACAUCUCCGCUGCUAUUCAGACAAACGGUGAGAUGGUGACCAAACAGCCGCUGAUCCGGAGCAUGAGAACAGUGAAACGAGAAACUCUGAAGCUGAUCUCGGGCUGGGUCAGUCGAUCAAACGACCCACAGAUGGUUGGGGAGAACUUUGUCCCGCCGCUGCUGGACGCCGUCCUCAUCGACUACCAGCGCAACGUCCCCGCCGCCCGCGAGCCGGAGGUGCUCAGCACCAUGGCAACCAUCGUCAACAAGCUGGGGGGACACAUCACGAGCGAGAUACCGCAGAUAUUCGACGCGGUGUUCGAGUGCACCCUGAACAUGAUCAACAAGAACUUUGAGGAGUAUCCAGAGCACAGGACCCAUUUCUUCUACCUUCUCCAAGCUGUGAACUCUCACUGCUUCCCUGCAUUCCUGGCCAUCCCCCCGGCCCAGUUCAAGCUGGUGCUGGAUUCCAUCAUCUGGGCCUUCAAACACACCAUGAGGAACGUGGCCGACACCGGUCUUCAGAUCCUCUACACGCUGCUGCAGAACGUGGCUCAGGAGGAAGCAGCCGCUCAGAGCUUCUACCAGACGUACUUCUGCGACAUCCUGCAGCACAUCUUCUCCGUGGUCACCGACACAUCACACACUGCCGGCCUGACGAUGCACGCGUCCAUCCUGGCGUACAUGUUCAACCUGGUGGAGGAGGGGAAGAUCACGGCCGCUUUGAACCCGGCCAGCCCCACCAGCAACCAGGUGUUCAUCCAGGAGUACGUGGCCAACCUGCUCAAGACUGCCUUCCCACACCUACAAGAUGCUCAGGUGAAGGUGUUUGUGACGGGACUGUUCAGCUUAAACCAGGACAUUCCCGCCUUCAAGGAGCACCUUAGGGACUUCCUCGUCCAGAUAAAGGAGUUUGCCGGUGAGGACACCUCAGACCUGUUCCUGGAGGAGCGGGAGGCGUCGCUCCGUCAGGCCCAGGAGGAGAAACACAAGAUCCAGAUGUCGGUGCCGGGCAUCCUCAACCCUCACGAGAUCCCCGAGGAGAUGUGUGACUGAGCUUAAACAGAGAAACAAAAACAAAAAAACUGUACAGUACUCCCACCAACAACAACAACAACAACAACAACAAGCAAACCAACCCUAAACCGCAGCAAACACAACAGAACCCAAGAGAGGCACUUGAUUACUCGUCGGAGUCGGAGGAGGAGGAGGAGGAGGAGGAGGAGGAGGAGGAGGCUGCUCAGCCUACAUGGACCGGGCCCCGUCCCAUUGGAUGUUUGUUGACCAAAAUAAUGCCAAUAACAUGUAAAUGAUUUACCGCGUCGCCCUGUGGCCCCUUUUUACAUAAUCUGCGUUUUCUAUGGAGACUUUUUUUGUGUAAUUAACUUUCCAGAACUGUUUAUCCGAGCUAUGUUUUUGUCGGUCGGUCGGUCUCAGACCUGCAUGAUGAAAUCGUAACGAUUAGGACAAGUUAACCGUUUUUCCUUUUCCUCCUCCUGCUUCCAUGUAUUUGUUUAUAUAUAAAUAUAUUAUAUACAGUCGGCAGGUUUGUUUGUUUGUGGGGGGGGUUAAUAAUAAUAACAACCAUCGAGUCGGCUUAGAAGCUUCUAGACGGGACGUUUUGUUCCUCGUUUGGGGGGCGAAUGUGAAUCAAAUGGAAACUGAAUGAAGGCUGAGAGACGCUGCUUCGUGCAUCAGCAUCCGUCGCUCAUUGAGUUGCGCUUCCACCUAAAAAAAAAAAAAAACUGAACUGCUGCCGGUAGUUUUUUUUUUAUUAUUUUUUUUUUUUUUUUUUUUUUUUUUUUUAGGGAAAGCAAAACUUAAAAAAAAAAAAAAAAUCUGUGCAUAUCAUCCCAAUUGUAUAGCAUCUUUAAUACCAUGGGAACAUUUUCUUUCUUUUUUCCUUUGUAUCGGAAGUUUCUUUUUUGUUGUGGGUGUGUGCGCGUGUGUGCUGUCGCCGAGUCGACAUCAGCGUUUUGUUUUCCUCUAAGAGGAUUGUUGCUCAUUUGUGAGCCUUCAUUAAUGGGCUGUUUUUAAGGAAGUGGAGCGGAGGUAUUUAUGGGUUCUCGGUUGGUUGCAUCUUUAUAACGACUCCUGUUUAACUCAGACGGCUUCAAGGUUUUAAAAAUCGUACUAAUAAUUAUUUAGAUUGUUUACUGUGCAGCAGCAGUAGUGCUCCAAGACACUACCAUUUAGAGCAAAAAAAAAUAAAAUAAAAACUGGGUUUACAUUUAAUUUUGUAUUUUUUUUUUGCAUUUUUCAUUUGUACCUGUUUGAGUUCUGUCCAAAUAAACAAGAAGCUUCUAUUUUAUUUUAUUUUUUUGCUUUUUUUUUUUUUUUUUUUUUUUUUGUUUUUUGUCAAAAUGAAUCGCCAACAAGUUUCAUUAGUACAGAUUGUAUAAAUCCAAAAAAAAAAAAACAAGCACCCGAUCUCUCUAAUGGCAAAGUUCCCUUCUCAAGGUGUUAACAUUUGUUGUGAACUUUUGAACUGAUUAAAGUUGAGAAUUUUAUAA